AUGGAGGUACUUAGAGAACAUCAGUUGUAUGCGAAGUUCAGCAAAUGUGAAUUCUGGUUGAGAUCAUUGACAUUUUUUGGUAAUGUUGUUGCCGACCAAGGUGUUGAAGUUGAUCCUAAGAAGGUUGAGGCAGUGAAGAACUGGUCGAGACCCCUUACUCCUAUAGAUAUUCGGAGUUUUCUUGGCUUAGCCAAUUAUUAUCGCAGGUUUAUGGAAGGCUUUUCCACUAUAGCGGCUCCACCGACAGCCUUGACAAAGAAAAAGGUAAAGUUUGAGUGGUCUGAGAAAUGUGAUAAGAGCUUCCAAGAGCUCAAAGACCGACUCACUUCUGCCCCAGUUCUCACGUUGCCAAGGAGUGGUGCAGGAUAUGUGGUGUACUGUGAUGCUUCCCGAAUAGUUUUGAGAUGUGUUCUUAUGCAGGAUGGCAAGGUGAUGGCAUAUGCAUCGAGACAGUUGAAGAUCCACAAGAAGAACUAUCCUACUCAUGAUCUUGACAUGUCUCAUAUUGAUGAAGAGAAGAAGGAGUUGGUUGAAGAGGUUCACCAAUUGGCUAGAUUGAGUGUACGGCCGGCAGACGCACCAAGUGGGGGUGUUUCGGUUCACUCAAGUUCUGAAUCCUCAUUCGUGGUAGAUGUUAAAGCCAAUCACCAUCUCGACCCAGUACUCAUGGAGUUGAAGAACUAA